UGCUAAAUUAGUCAACACUGUCAGCAUGACAGCCAAUAGGGAACAGAAAGUGGAGGACGUGUUUACUAUCCAGGACUCGGAUUGCUGUGGCAAUGGCUGCACCAACUGCAUCUUGGACAACAAGCCUAGGCCUAGCCAGCGAGCCCUGCUAGCCGGCAAGCGGAACAUUAUCCUAAAGUACACCAGCUUCCGGCUGUUGCAGCGCGAAACCCACUCGGGCGAUGACCAAGUGCUGUUCCUGCACUUUGGCAAUGCCGCGGAGAGCGACGAUAAGGAUGACUGCGUGCUGGACAUUCCCCCGGGACACCAUAUAAUGCUGCGCAUUGGCUCCCUGCUGCGCCCCUAUUCCCCCUACUGGACGGACUUUGCCAGCAAAGAGUUUAAAAUUUUAGUCAAGCUGCAGCCCGAUGGUCCCAUGUCCCAGCACUUGGUUGCCGUUCAACCCAACGACCGGCUGGAGUUUCGCGGACCGAUUGGCAAUUAUCGGCACGAUUCAGCCGUGACCAAGUGCAUUUAUAUUAUUUGCCAGGGCGUCGCCGUUGCCCCAACGCUGCCACUGGUGGGCCAAGUGCUGGAGAAUGAGGAUGACAUGAGUCGCAUAUGGCAUCUGAUGUGUGCACCCGAUCUGCAGCAUGUCUACUUCCGUGACCAGCUUCUGGAGUUUGCCAAAUAUUGGAACUAUCGUAGCUGCUUGUACGUGCCCCACCAGCAAUGUGGCUCUGAUGCCUGCCUGGAGGCCGGGCACUGCAGGCAGGAGUGCGACGAGCUGCGCCGAAGCCUCCGCUAUAAGGAGAGAGUGUGCCUGCACCGACUGGAAGCCAACGAGCUGAAGCAGCAUGUCGCUCCUGCCAUCCCAGGCCUGCCUGUUCUAAUAAUAGCCGGAGAUUCAGGCUUUCAGCGAGCCAUGGGCGAAGCGGCAGCUAAGGCCCUUGGUGUGGCACAGGAGAAUGUUUAUUUGUUGUAAAGACCAGCGAAUAAGGAUUAGGAAAUGCAUGUUA